UAUAACUUGUUAUCAAAUAUCAUCAUCAUCAUCAUCAAUAUAAUCAUGAGUACUUACUCCAUUUUUCUCUUUGCAUUUUCUCUUUUUUUGUCAUUUUAUUCCCAUUUCAACAUUUGUGUUGCUUACACAUCAGAAGAAGAUAAUUAUGAUAGCAUAUAUGCUUAUGAUGAAAGUAGUGGAAGAGGACCCUCUCAAUGGGGUAAUCUUAAUGAGAGUUGGUACCUUUGUGGUAAUGGAACAAGUCAAUCUCCAAUUAACAUUUCAAGACUCCAAUUUACCCCAAAUUUAGGGGCUUUACAAACCCAAUACAAACCUGCUCAAGCUACUUUGAUCAAUAGGGGUCAUGACAUUUCGGUGAAAUGGAAUGGAGAUGCAGGAGGGCUCAACAUUAAUGGAACUAACUAUACAUUGAUGGAUUGUCAUUGGCAUACACCAUCUGAACACACAAUCAAUGGACGAAGGUUCGAUUUGGAGCUUCACAUUGUUCAUGAGAAUUCUUUGAAUGAGACUACUGUGGUUGGAAUUCUCUACCGAUAUGGCUUGCCAAAUCCCUUUCUUUCAACGCUGUAUGAUCAAAUAAGAUCUCUCGACAAUAAUACAAAUCGAGAAAUACCUUUAGGAAUUAUCAAUCCAUACAGUAUCGGGUUUGCAAACAAUACCGGAUAUUACAGAUAUAAUGGCUCUCUUACAACUCCUCCAUGUUAUGAGAAUGUACUUUGGACUUUGCUCACACAGAUUCAAACUGUUUCUCUUAGGCAAGUUCAAGCAUUAAAAGAAGCUGUAAAUGAUGGUUAUGAAGAAAACGCAAGGCCAAUUCAACCAAUAAAUGGAAGAACAGUGUACUUGUAUCCUCGAAGCCUUUUUUAAUGAAGGUUAAUCAUGGUGUAUAUAACUAUAUAUACACAUAUACAUAUACAUAUAAAUAUUAUAUAUAUUUAUACGUAUAAUACUAGUAGUUUUUGGCCAAGGUCAAUUACUCCUUUUGUGUUUUAAUAAAUAAAUAGAAGUUCUUACAAAAUAUAUAAAUAAAUAAAUAAAUGGAAGAACAGU